AUGGACGUGGAAAGGAGUCUAUUUCGCAGCGGACACGAGCGAAUCGAGACCGUCGAGACGAUUCAAAUGAAAGGAAUCGAAAAGGAUGAGGCCGACAUCAUCUCGAUGAAUCGUAUCGGAAUCUGUGGAUGCCCGGCUCUCACAUCUUCCUCAUCUCUGCUAAUACCCUGCGAUAACUUCCGAAGAAGAUGGCUGAACAAUCAUCGGGGAAUGGGCACGAAGUUAGCGGCGGCAAUGUGUACAACAAAUGGCAACAAUUGGAUGAUG